AUGGCGUCUUGGGGUGGGAAGUGCCGCCGGGCAGCGGAGUUGCAGAAUCUGCCAUGGCGAGAGUCAUCUCUGGGGCCCCGCCUCCAGCCUGCCAGCCGCCAACAACAACAGCACCGCGACAUAAAGCUCCGCGACAUAAAGCACCGCGACAUAAAGCUCCGCGACAUAAAGCCCCGCGACAUAAAGCACCGCGACAUAAAGCUCCGCGACAUAAAGCCCCGCGACAUAAAGCACCGCGACAUAAAGCACCGCGACAUAAAGCCCCGCGACAUAAAGCCCCGCGACAUAAAGCCCCGCGAUAUAAAGCCCCGCGACAUAAAGUCCCGCGACAUAAAGCCCCGCGACAUAAAGCCCCGCGACAUAAAGCCCCGCGACAUAAAGUCCCGCGACAUAAAGCCCCGCGACAUAAAGCACCGCGACAUAAAGCCCCGCGACAUAAAGCCCCGCGACAUAAAGCCCCGCGACAUAAAGCCCCGCGACAUAAAGCCCCGCGACAUAAAGCCCCGCGACAUAAAGCACCGCGACAUAAAGCCCCGCGACAUAAAGCCCCGCGACAUAAAGCCGGAAAAGCAAAACUCCUCAUCUCAGCGAGUGGGUCGCUGCUGGGAGAAUCGAUGCACUGAAUAA